CUCGUAUGGUGCGCUGCAACGUCCUGAACAUCACCAGCAACUACAGCCCUCACGUGGACGACACCGUCGCCCUCAACGCCAGGCUCGACCCCGCCUGCUGCUCCUGGAUGAAGAUCCAGGACUGCGGGCUGGUGCUGGAGGA